CAUCGAUAGCCAUUUUCCAAGGAAGACGAAGAACAGUGUUGCAUUCUGGAACGUUCUGCUUCCCUCUAAUUAUGAUUAGCAACCUGGCGCUCACGGGCAACUUUUUAACUCUAUAUUGAACAAGAUGACUCGACGUCGUCAAGUGCUACGAGCAUUGGUACGGCGCAUGGUGAAACGAGAGGUUCUGGUACUCGUAGCCUGCGUACUGUUCCUCAGCGGGGUUAUGUCCAUCUUAAAUCGGCAAGGAGAGAGAUUGCCUUGCUGCGGAACACUCUUUCCACUUCCACCGAACUGUCGCCGCUGUCCUCCGAGAUUCGAAGCUCCUUGCACAAACUGUUCCAAACCUGGUUCCAUGCCUUACUACAGCUCAGAAGGCAAUGUCUCCUCUAUCGACUAUGCCGUCAACGCACCUCGCGCAUGCAAGGUGGAUGAUUUGCACUACCUCAUCGCCGUCCAUUCCGAGCCACAUAACUUGGUGGACAGACAGAUACUGCGGAUGGCCAUUGGAGGUCCGCGUUGGCGCAACGUCACUAUACGGCGUAUAUUCUUCAUGGGUGUUCCAGCCAACAAUGAACCUCUACUGGGUCAAAUCCUAGACGAAUCAAAGCGCGGCGACAUUGUCAUAGGCAAUUUUACUGCUACACCAGCUAAUGCCACUCUGGUCAGCGUCAUGAUACUGAAGUGGACAGUUGAAUUCUGUCCUAAUGCACAGUUCAUAGUUAGGCUGUCCGACAGCGGCAGAACUGACGCGAAGGCUCUGCGUUCGACGUACCGAUUAUUGAAAAAAUACUCCUCGGAGUUCGACUUCUUCGGAUCACUUGUAACCCUGGAUGGACAAGCCUGCGAUGUACUAUCUGGCGGGGAACUAAAGUAUUGCGCCGGUCCAGGGUAUCUUACCGGGUGCGUGUACGUCAUGACAGGGCACAUUGUGCGUUCCCUGUACAGCGCUGCCGUUCACCAUCCGGUUUUUCCUGUUGCACAUGAACUUUACGUCACCUACCUCCUAGCAGAUAGCGUCGGUGCUAGAAGGGUAGACUUCGUGUAUGUUCAUGGAUGUUACCUCAAGAGGAGGAUAUCAACGCGCGGAAUAGCUAACUGGUUAAGGAUGAGGAUUGGACUUCCGUGUUCAAGCGUGCCUUCGCUUUUGGGCCGUGUUGAUGAUUAUUGUUGACCUCAUUUUAAGUUGCCGUGCGCCAACAUGUUUUUAUUUCAUAUUUUAUGUAACAAGCUUGGCAACAAAUCAAGCGCAUUAAAGGUGUAUAAGCAUUAA